GAUGUUGUAACUUGUCGUUUCCUGACAUCAGCAGAGGGUCAAGUUUGAACAAGAGGUGGAUAACAGAAUUCAUUCAUUCUGAAAACUCAACUAAUUUGACGUAGAUAGUUACUACAAGGACGGUAUGCUUCGGACUGUGUGCCGGGCUGGAGGUGCUUUAUUAAAGCACUCUCGGCGCAGUAUCCCGUCUCAGUGGACCGCCCCGGCCCAGCAGAGAUGGGCGUCCAGCCUCCCGAUGAACACGGUGGUGCUGUUCGUUCCACAGCAGGAGGCGUGGGUGGUGGAGAGGAUGGGCAGGUUUCACCGCAUUCUGGAGCCGGGAUUGAAUUUCCUCAUUCCAAUACUGGACAGAGUCCGGUACGUACAGAGCUUGAAGGAGAUAGUCAUCGAUGUACCAGAGCAGUCGGCUGUGUCCCUAGACAAUGUGACCCUACAGAUAGAUGGAGUUUUGUAUCUCAGAAUAUUGGACCCUUUUAAGGCUAGCUAUGGAGUGGAAGAUCCAGAAUAUGCAGUCACCCAGCUGGCCCAGACCACCAUGCGUUCUGAGCUGGGGAAGCUGACCCUCGACAAAGUGUUCCGAGAAAGAGAGUCCCUGAACGCCAACAUCGUGCACUCCAUAAACCAGGCGUCUGACGAGUGGGGGAUCCGCUGCCUGAGGUACGAGAUCAAGGAUAUCCACGUCCCGCCCCGCGUCAAGGAGUCCAUGCAGAUGCAGGUGGAGGCCGAGCGGAAGAAGAGAGCCACAGUUCUGGAGUCUGAGGGAACGAGAGAAUCUGCCAUCAACGUGGCAGAGGGCAGGAAGCAGGCCCAGAUCCUAGCCUCAGAAGGGCAGAAGGCUGAGCAGAUCAACAAAGCUGCAGGUGAGGCCAAUGCUGUUUUAGCCAAAGCGGAAGCAAAAGCCAAGGCCAUCAGGCUGCUGUCAGAAGCUCUGGCUGAGCAGAACGGGAAUGCAGCGGCCUCUCUCAGUGUGGCUGAGCAGUACGUGUCGGCCUUCUCUAACCUGGCCAAAGAGUCCAACACCAUCCUGCUGCCCUCCAACACUGGUGACAUCAGCGGCAUGGUCACACAGGCCAUGACCAUCUACAGCACCUUGGCCAAGCAGACCCCAAGCCCGCAAACUGUAGAGAGUGUCCCCGUGGAGGUACCAGCGGUGAAGGCCCCUAGUGAGGCAGACUCCCCACAACCUAGCAGCACUCAGUAA